UACUACAGCUGGCACAGCAGCUACAACGAGGCCAUCAACUACCUGGUGACGGUCCCCAAGUACCGGAUCCAGGCCACGGAGAUCGCCAAGCAGCAGGGCCUCCUGAACCGCACCAAGGAGAAGGGCAAGAACCGCCGCUCCAAAGAGGAGAUCCGGGAGCAGGAGGAGGAGGUGAUCCGCGACAUCAUCAAGAACAAGAUCGACAUCAAAGGAGGCUACCAGAAGCCCAACCUGUCGGACAUCCUGCUGUGUCAGAUCGUGCUCUUCCCCUACUACCUGACCAACUACGUGACCUGGUACGUGUCCUGGAUCUACCGCUUCACCAUCUGCAGGGAGGAGUACGGAGACGAGGAGAAGCUCUACAUCAUCAGGAGGUACAUGAAGAUGUCUCAGUCUCAGUUCGACAGUCUGGAUGAAAACACCAAACAGACCUUCAUGGAAAAACAGCUCUGGAUCAAAGAAAACUUCGAGGUGCACAGGAAGGAGCAGGAGGAGGAGAUGAAGAUAAAGAUGGCGACCGACCCGAGGAUGAAGAGGUACCGGCGCUGGAUGAAGAACGAGGGUCCGGGCCGGCUGACGUUCAUCGACGACUGAAGGCCUCGAGCUCCGUCUCUGACAUACACACCUGCCUCAGUGCCAACACACACGGACUACACACACACACACACACACACACACACACAAACACACACUCACACACACCGCUGUGUGUAGAAAGACCUGUACAGAAAGAUUAACUAUGCCUGUUUAUAUAGUGAGAGAUAUUUUCGUAGCGAUCGUGACGGGGGACGAAUAAGAGGAGAAACUGUGAGCUGCUGUGGGAUUCAGAUUUUUGAGUCAUUUUUCACGAUAUUUUUUCCCCAAAACCAAAACAAACCUAAUGUUUAAUUUUUUUUUUUUUUUUUUUGUAGUUUUCUCUGAAUUGUUAAAAUUUUCUUAUUAUUUUUAUUUUUUAUUUUUUGGUUCUCUCGUGCUGGAUGAAUGAGAUUUGGUGCCUGAAUUUUUUUGAAUAUUUUCUGUUGGAUAACUGAAAACCAGACGGGAGCCACUUUGACUCCGCCAACAGUCCUGUCGAAGUGUCCUUGGGCGAGGCGUCGGACCGCCGCCUGCUCACUCUGUAAGCUCCAGAGAGUUAAAGCUUAAAGCCUGAAACGUAAAAUUAGUAAACCAUGUUUCUGAUGAAUAAACCGGUGACGUUUAGUUAAAUCUUCUUCUCCAGAGUCAGACGAGGAGGAGAUCAGUUUAAAGAUUUAUUUCAUUCAAGAUAUUUUUAGUUUAGUUUUAGUUUUACAUUAUUAUCUUGUUGUCGACUUAGAAGUGUAAAAAGGGAACCAGUUGGAGAAACAAGAGGGAAGUGGUGAAGAGAAACUGAUCUCCAUCUUUUCGUCUGACCGUGGGACAGAAAAACGACAAACAGGUUCCUUUGUGGUCGGCGGUUUGUUUCCGAAAGCAGAUUUGAAGAACUUUUCCUUUUCUGCAAAAAGUAUCUAUGACACCAUCUACUCAAACAUAUUGGUCAAUUUAGUAUUUCAAGUCCACGGACGUUCCUGUGAACCACGAAACCCGAGUUUUUCUAAACCUGCUUUCUGAAAGGUCACAAAAAAACACGCCAGUCAUAAAACCCUAAAGGGGCUGCGGAUAACGUCCGAGCGCUCCUCUGAUCUGAUCUGUGUUCCUGACGCUUUCUCACAGGAAAAAAAAGCAGAAGCAAAAAGAGUCAUUUCAACAGUUUGUCUUAUUGUGUAAAUGGAAGCCAAAGCUGCAAGUUUCUGUGUCUGUUUAUCACACAGGGAGCGUUACCGCGGUUUCUGCUCCGUGUCCGAUCAGGGACCCCGAAACUGUUUACUGCAUCUUGAUUCUACUUAGUAUUAUUUAUUGGUUCACACUUCACUGGUCUUUUGUUGUCAUUUUGGUGACGAGGCGGCAUUAAAACUCGUGCUGUACCCACACGUGCAUACAGUGUAUGGUAUGAACACGGCAGAAUAGUUUUUUAAUAAAUACGUUUUAAAAUA